UGCUUCCCAGCGCGCUGGCGUCAUUUCCGGUGGAUGCUGGGUUUUCGGAAAGAAGCGCGGGAUUUGCACCUCCAGAGUCUGGGUCGGUGGGAUCGCGGUGUUCCGCCACCUCCGCCCGCGCUUCCCCUCCAGCGUGCGGGCUGGAAGGGGUGGAGAGACGAGUUCCCGCGCCGUGUAGCGGCUUUAAGUGUCUCCUGUGAGGUGCCUGGUUCAGAAAGGAUGACAGAGGUGCUGGAUCUCCAUGGACAGGACUCUGAUGGGAGUAGUGAGGAGGUGGUCCUGACGCCUGCAGAACUCAUUGAAAGACUGGAGCAGGCGUGGAUGAAUGAAAAGUUUGCCCCUGAGCUGCUGGAAAGCAAGUCUGAGAUUGUCGAGUGUGUCAUGGAGCAGCUAGAGCACAUGGAAGAAAAUCUCCGAAGAGCCAAAAGGGGGGAUCUGAAAGUCAGUAUCCAUCGAAUGGAGAUGGAGAGGAUCCGCUAUGUCCUUAGCAGCUACUUGCGGUGUCGACUCAUGAAGAUAGAGAAGUUUUUCCCUCACAUCCUAGAAAAGGAGAAAACGCGCCCAAGCGAGGAGCCUUCCGUUCUCUCUCCAGAGGAGUUUGUCUUUGUCAAAGAGUAUAUGGAUCACACAGAGACCCAUCUUAAAAACGUUGCCUUAAAGCACAUGCCUCCCAACCUGCAGAAAGUGGACCUUUUGAGGGCAGUUCCCAAACCAGACCUAGAUUCCUACGUGUUUCUGAGGGUGAAAGAACGACAGGAAAACAUACUGGUGGAACCAGAAGCCGAUGAGCAGAGAGACUAUGUCAUUGACCUGGAGGAGGGCUCCCAGCACUUGAUCCGGUACAAAACCAUUGCACCUCUUGUUGCCUCUGGAGCAGUUCAGCUAAUAUAAAACAGAAAAACGAGCCUGCGGACGCGGAGUCAUGGACAGUUAGAAACCCGUUUCCUUCGUGCGGACUACUUGGACAUGGAAAAGGAGUCAGUGUGGAUUCCCUUCAUCACCACACCCUUCUAACGGCCUACUGUGCUAGCCAGCACCAGCAGAUGGAGCCCUUGCUCUGUGAGGAUACUCAGCAAAUAAAUGGACUGUCAGGUGUGUGCCU